AUGUGCCCCAACGCGUCAACCACGGCGGCUGCCGAUGCAGACACGGAGCUUGCAAAGCUUCAGGCCUCACGAGCCGCCAUAGUCUCGGUCCUUUCCGCCGCCGCCGAGGCCGAGAUCGACAUCGACGCCGUCGGCGACCACCUAGCUGAGCUGCUGUCCAGCGCCUCGCCGUCCUCCUCCCACCUCCAGUCCCAGGCCGUGGCGGCACGCGCGCUGCGCGCGCGCAUCGAUCGCGCCGUCGCCCCGGCCGAGCCCCUCCUCGCGGCGUUCCGCCGCGUGUCCGCGCUCGCCGAGGAGGCCGCGCCGCCCGCGGACCCGGCCGACGCCGCGAGCGCGGUCGCGUUCGUCGACCGCGUGGACCAGCUGCGAGACGCCAUCGAGGAGGUGGUGGCGCGCGGGGACGAGGCCGUCCGGAGGGUGGAGGAGGCGGUCGGGUUCCUUGGCCGGACCAAGGCCGCCGGCCGCGGCCGCGUGCGCAGGCUCACCGAGGCCGCCGCGGCGCUGCGCGCGGUGUACGAGACGGAGGCGGAGCAGAUGCGCUUCGAGGGGCCGCUCGAUGAGGCGCUCCUCGGCCUCCAAGACCUCUUCGAGGCGCUGCUCCUCAGGCUCAAGCACCCGGCGGCGGUCGCGGACGACGUCGUCGCCGACGCCGACGGAGACACGGCGCCGUACGAGCUGGGCACCGACGACGAGGUGGAGGCCGCCACGAGGAUGGCCAGAACGCUCGCCGGCAACGACUGCUUGGACAUCUGCCUCGACAUCUACGUCAAGACGAGGUACAGGAGAGCGGCCAAGGCGAUGAUGCGGCUCAACCCGGCUUACCUCAAGUCGUACACGCCGGACGCCAUCGACGACAUGGAGUGGGAGUCGCUGGAGUCUGCCAUGGCGCUGUGGAGCCCGCACUUCCACGUGGCCAUCGCCUCCGUGCUCGCGUCGGAGCGCCGGCUCUGUGCGCGCGUGCUCGAGCCCCUGCCGCCGGCGGUCUGGCCCGAGUGCUUCGCCAAGAUCGCCGCCCGCAUCGUCGCGGCGUUCUUCCGCUUCGCGGACGGCGUAGCCGCCGCGGCGCGCGAGCCGCAGAGGCUGUUCAAGCUGCUCGACAUGCUCGACGCCGUGGUCCGGGAGCGGGAGCGCCUCGACGAGCUCUUCUCCAGCGAGUCCGCCACGCUGGUCGCCAUCCGCGAGCGCACGCGCGAGGUGGAGCGCGCCCUGGCGUGGGCCGCAGCCGGCGUGUUCUUCGAGUUCGGCCUCCGCAUCGAGACGCACUACGUCACCGGCGCCGACGUCGGGCACGUGCCCAAGAUCGUGCGGUACGCCGUGAACUACCUCAAAUGCCUCGCGUCCGACGAUUACCGCGCGCUCAUGGACACCGCGCUGCGGGCGGAGCGGGAGCGCGGCGGCGACGAGGACGAGGACAGGAGCGAGGGCGGCGGCCGCUCGCCGCUCGCGGAGGCGGCGUCGAACGUCCUGGAGGCGCUGCACCGGCACGUCGAGGCGGCCCGCCGGGUGUGCGCCGACACGGUGGCGUCGCACGUCAUGGCCAUGAACGCGUACUGGUACAUCUACAUGCGCGCCCGGGGCUCGGAGCUGGCGAAGCUGGUCGGCGAGGACACCAUGCGUCGCCGGUACAAGGCGGCGGCCGAGGAGGCCGCGUGGGAGUACCAGGAAGCGGCGUGGACACCGCUCGUCCGGGUCGUCAGCGGCGGCAGCUCCGGGGCGCCCAAGACCUGGCCGCCCGACGACGCGCGGGGGAAGGCGGCGGCGUUCGCCGACAUGCUCGAGGACCGGGUGAGGCGGCACGGCGCCGAGUACAAGAUCCCGGACAGUGACCUCCGGGGACAGAUCAAGGCCGCGGCGGCCAAGGCGGUGCGCGGCGCGUACGCCGGGUUCUUGAAGGCCAACGACAAGGCCUUGGCCGGCGGCCGGAGGGAGAUGCUGCCGCUGGACGUCAUCGAGGGAAUGGUCGGGCGGGUGUUCGACGAAAUGGGCGAUGGAGUCGCCGGCAGCGUCGGCCAGGCGAGGAGCAGCCGGAGCCGGCGAGAGUCGAGGGACAGCAGCAAUCUGGAGGGCUUUGGCGUCUAAAGAGGCUAACAUGGCGCGUUGGCGCCAAUGCUGGCCAUGUACUUGCUGCUUGUGUUAGAACCAACAGAGAAUGUGGUGUUGAUCCCUCGAGCCUUCAAA